UGUUUCUCGAAAACUCAACGGUGCUUCAGGAAACCACUCAACACAACCAGUCGUAUCAGCCGCAAUGGAGACACUGGCGGUCCUUAUCGCGAUACACUGGGUAUAAGUCUCUUCGCCGACUGUUUCUUCGGAAAUUAUAAACAUCGAGGCUCUCUGGCUUCACCAGGUUUUCCCGCAGCUCUAUUAAUCAAUCACCAAUUGCACGAUGGACGAGAGAAAAAUAAAGAACCGGAAAAACACAUUCCAAUUGUUCAAUUCACGCAAUUAUCGUGUUUCCAUAGUCAACAGGAAAAAAUAGUCAUUUGGUUUUCUUAUCGGCGCUUGUACACUUCACACUUCGCCCUGGGAACCCGCGGAUAUCCGAAGCACGAGUUAUAUUUCGACGAUUAGUGAACGAUAUUGUUUAUGUUAGAGAAGUAGUGAAUAAUUUACGAAGGAUUCGCAAGGUGAAUCCUUUGACAUUUUGUCGUAACAAUUACAGCAAAACUCGCCACAUUUUCAAAACGAAUUUGCUAGGUGGCGCCACGAGAAACGUACGCACGUGCAGUUCAAGUUCAUGUGACGUCAAUACAUUGUGUCUUGCACUAUUCAACUGCUUGUGAAUAAAUUUGUUUCAGAAUUGUAACAAUUUUGAAUUGUGAAAUCUGUAUUUUAUCAGUUUUUCAUCGAGUGAAGGGAAGUAAUAUUCUUGUGUGUGGGGGUGUGUGUAUUCUGUAUUUUGAAAUUAACCUCAAAGAGAGAGGAGUAGAGUACCUGCCAGUAUUUUUGGAGUCAUUUGUUAAUUUAAGUGAAGUAGUGACUUUAAAAAAUGGGAAAAACGUCGAAAGAUAAGAGGGAUAUUUAUUAUCGAAAAGCGAAGGAGGAGGGAUGGAGAGCUAGGAGUGCAUUCAAGCUGCUCCAAAUUGAUAGUGAAUUCGAAAUCUUGAAGGGAGUUACCAAAGCUGUGGAUUUGUGUGCAGCUCCAGGGAGUUGGAGCCAAGUGUUGUCACGAAAAUUGAAUGAAAAUUACAGACUAGCCCUCGAGAAGCAAGAAACCCCAGAAAAACCCGAACCCCUCGAAUCAGAUCGUCCAAAAAUCAUAGCAGUGGAUCUCCAAGCAAUGGCCCCUCUGGAAGGAGUGAUACAGAUCCAAGGAGACAUAACAAAAACCUCGACUGCGGAGGAAAUAAUCAGGCACUUUGGUAACACAAAAGCUGAUUUGGUCGUGUGUGACGGUGCACCAGACGUCACUGGAUUGCACGACAUGGACAUCUACAUUCAAUCCCAGUUGCUGUUAGCAGCACUGAAUAUAACGACUCACAUCCUGAGCCCAGGAGGAACAUUCGUGGCGAAAAUAUUUCGAGCCAGAGAGGGAUCGUUGCUCUACUCGCAAUUGAAAAUAUUCUUCACCGAUGUAUUCUGUGCAAAACCCAGUAGCUCGAGAAAUUCAAGCAUAGAAGCAUUCGUUGUCUGCAAAAAUUAUUCACCACCAGCCGGCUAUAAACCACACAUGCUGAAUCCUCUUCUGACCCAUGAACCUUUAAACUUCGAUCAAUUGACGGGAAUAAAUAGAUAUGUUGUACCAUUCGUCGUCUGCGGCGACCUGACACAACCAGACUCCGAUGCUUGUUAUCCUCUAAACCUCGAUGGGAAUACCUACCACCACCGUGAGCCCGUCCAAGGACCCCUGAAAUCCCCUUACGAAGAGGCAAUGAAACUCGCAGCUAGAGAUAACCUUCGAAAGGUAAACUCCAGUGUCGUUAUUCAUCACGAUGAACCACGAUCCAUCAAAGAUAUCAAAGAGUCAUGUAAAAAUUCGCGCACACAAGAUGAAAAAUCUUCAUCGACCGAAUGUACGAGUGAUGUUAGAGAAUUUUGCGAUGCGUUUGUUCAUUUAGAUGUUACAGAGUAAUAAAGAUGCAAAUCAUUCUAUGGUUGCAACAACA